UUUCCCCGGAAGGAAAGCGGAGCCCGGGCUGGGCGCGCAAGGUGGGGAGGUGCGGGCUUGGGCGUGGGGAGGCGGGGCGCGCGCGGAGGGGACCGCUCCCUCCAGUCUUCCUUGCGGUCGACGGCUCUGCGUUCCCAGAUCCGCCGCCGAGCCGGGAUCGAAGGCUACAGUGCGGCCGAGGGGGCGCGGCCGGGACGAGCUGGGGGCAGGGUGCCCGGGGCGGGGGGCGGUGACCCGCCGGCCGGGCGGGCGGGAGAGUAGACCCGCGAACCUCGGAGAGGAAUCUGAGAGCGCAGACCCUGAGCGGACGUGAAACUGACCGGGGCUGGGGGUCAGAAACUUCUCAGCGCUGCCGGGCUCAGCGACGCAGCCCGCCCCAGUGUUCUCCGGUGGCGCGGGGAGCAGGUGAACCGGUCCUCACUCCCGGCUCCACGCCCUCACGCGCUCUCGCCCCGGCCCCCGCCCCCGCAGCCAUGGGCCCCGGCCCCCGCCGCGCCGCCUGCGUCCCGCGCCCGAUGCUCUGCGCGCUCGCCUUGAUGGUAGCCGCCGGCAGCAGCGUCGCCUCCGCCUUCAACCUGGACACCCGAUUCCUGGUGGUGAAGGAGGCCAGGAACCCGGGCAGCCUCUUCGGCUACUCGGUCGCCCUCCAUCGGCAGACGGAGCGGCAGCAGCGCUACCUGCUCCUGGCUGGUGCCCCCCAGGACCUCACCAUGCCUGAUGGCUACACCAACCGGACUGGUGCUGUGUACCUGUGCCCACUCACUGCCCACAAGGAUGACUGUGAGCGGAUGGACAUCUCGGAGAAAAGUGACCCUGACCGUCACAUUAUUGAGGACAUGUGGCUCGGGGUGACGGUGGCCAGCCAGGGCCCUGCGGGCCGAGUCCUGGUCUGCGCCCACCGCUACACCCAGGUGCUAUGGUCAGGGUCGGAGGACCAGCGGCGCAUGGUGGGCAAGUGCUACGUGCGGGGCAAUGACCUCGAGCUGGACCCCACCGAUGACUGGCAGACCUACCACAAUGAGAUGUGCAACAGCAACACCGACUACCUGGCGACAGGCAUGUGCCAAUUGGGCACCAGCGGCGGCUUCACCCACAAUACCGUGUACUUCGGCGCUCCCGGGGCCUACAACUGGCAAGGAAACAGCUACAUGAUUCAGCGGAAGGACUGGGAUUUAUCCGAAUAUAGUUAUAAGGACCCAGAGGACCAAGGGAACCUCUAUAUUGGAUACACAGUGCAGGUGGGCAGCGCCAUCCUGCACCCCACGGACAUCACCAUCGUGACAGGUGCCCCACGGCACCGACAUAUGGGUGCUGUCUUCUUGCUGAGCCAGGAGGCAGGCGGAGACCUGCGCAGGAGGCAGGUGCUGGAGGGCACGCAGGUGGGCGCCUAUUUUGGCAGCGCCAUUGCCCUGGCAGACCUGAACAAUGAUGGGUGGCAGGACCUCCUGGUGGGCGCCCCAUACUACUUUGAGCGGAAAGAAGAGGUAGGGGGUGCCCUCUAUGUCUUCAUGAACCAGGCAGGCACCUCCUUCCCUGCCCACCCCUCCCUCCUUCUCCACGGCCCCAGUCGCUCCGCCUUUGGUUUCUCCGUGGCCAGCAUUGGUGACAUCAACCAGGACGGAUUCCAGGACAUUGCUGUGGGAGCCCCGUUCGAGGGCUUGGGCAAAGUGUACAUCUAUCAUAGCAGCUCCAGGGGGCUCCUGGGACGGCCGCAGCAGGUAAUCCAGGGGGAGGAGCUGGGACUGCCCGGCUUGGCCACCUUUGGCUACUCACUGAGUGGGCGGAUGGACGUGGAUGAGAACUCCUACCCAGACCUGCUGGUAGGGAGCCUGUCAGACCGCAUCGUGCUGCUUCGGGCACGGCCUGUCAUCAAUAUCCUCCACAAGACCUUGGUGGCCAGGCCAUCUGUGCUGGACCCUGCGCUCUGCACAACCACCUCCUGCGUGCAGGUGGAGCUGUGCUUUGCUUACAACCAGAGCGCCGGGAACCCCAACUACAAGCGAAACAUCACCCUGGCCUACACGCUGGAGGCCGACCGGGACCGCAGACCGCCUCGGCUUCGCUUUGCACGCAGCCAGUCAGCCGUCUUCCACGGCUUCUUCUCCAUGCCCGACAUGCGCUGCCAGACGCUGGAACUGCUCCUGAUGGAUAACGUCCGCGACAAACUCCGCCCCAUCAUCAUCUCGAUGAACUACUCUUUACCUUUGAGGAUGCCCGAGCGCCCCCGGCUGGGGCUGCGGUCCCUAGACCCCUAUCCGGUGCUGAACCAGGCGCAGGCUCUGGAGAACCACACCGAGGUCCACUUCCAGAAAGAGUGCGGCCAGGACAACAAAUGCGACAGCAACUUGCAGAUGCAGGCGGCCUUCGUGUCGGAGCUGGGGCUGCCGCUGAGCAGGCUGCAGUACAGCAGAGAUGGCCGGAAACUGCUCCUGAGCAUCAACGUGACCAACACCCCGAGCAGGGAGCGCGCUGGGGAAGACGCCCACGAGGCGCUGCUCACCCUGGCGGUGCCUCCCGCCCUGCUGCUGUCCUCAGUGCGCCCCGCUGGGAUGUGCCAGGCCAAUGAGACCAUUGUCUGUGAGCUGGGGAACCCCUUCAAACGGAACCAGAGGAUGGAGCUGCUCAUUGCCUUCGAGGUCACCGGAGUGACCCUGCACACAAGAGAACUCCAGGCGCAGCUGCAGCUCUCCACGUCAAGUCACCAGGACAACCUGUGGCCCGUGACCCUGACUCUGCAGGUGGACUACACACUCCAGGCCUCACUCAGCAUAGUGAAUUACCGGCUACAAAGCUUCUUCGGAGGGACAGUGAUGGGCGAGUCUGGCAUGAAAACUGUGGAGGAUGUGGGAAGCCCCCUCAAGUAUGAGUUCCAGGUGGGCCCCAUGGGGGAAGGGCUGGCAGCCCUGGGGACCCUGGCCCUAGGGCUGGAGUGGCCCUACGAAGUCAUCAAUGGCAAGUGGCUGUUGUACCCUACAGACAUCACCAUCCAUGGCAAUGGGUCCUGGCCCUGCCGGCCACCUGGAGACCUCAUCAACCCUCUGAAUCUCACUCUCUCUGUCCCUGGCGACGGGCCGUCUCCACAGCGCAGGCGGAGACAGCUGGACCCAGGGGGAGGCCCGGCCCCCCCGCCAGUCACUCUGGCUGCUACCAAGAAAGCCAAGUCUGAGACAAAGCUGAAGUGUGGCAGUGACCAGGCCCGUUGUGUGUGGCUGGAGUGCCCCAUUCCUGAUACCCCUGUCAUCACCAAUGUGACAGUGCAGGCCCGAGUAUGGAAUAGCACCUUCAUUGAGGAUUACAGAGACUUUGACAGAGUCAGCGUAUCCGGCUGGGCUACCCUGUUCCUCCGAACGAGCAUCCCUACCAUCAACAUGGAGAACAAGACCGUGUGGUUCUCCGUGGACAUUGACUCUGACCUGGUGGAGGAGCUACCAGCGGAGAUCGAGCUGUGGCUGGUGCUCGUGGCUGUGGGUGCGGGGCUGCUGCUCCUGGGGCUGAUCAUCCUCCUGCUGUGGAAGUGCGGCUUCUUCAAGCGAGCCCGCACUCGCGCCCUGUAUGAAGCUAAGAGGCAGAAGGCGGAGAUGAAGAGCCAGCCGUCAGAGACAGAGAGGCUGACCGACGACUACUGAGGGGGGCAGCCCCCUGCCCCCGGCCCACCUGGUGUGACUUCUUUAAGCGGACCCGCUAUUACCGGAUCAUGCCCAAGUACCACGCGGUGCGGAUCCGGGAGGAGGAGCGCUACCCACCCCCAGGGAGCACCGUGCCUACCAAGAAGCACUGGGUGACCAGCUGGCAGACGCGGGACCGAUACUACUGAUAUCCUCCCUGAUCCCACCCCUGCUCCCCCAGUGCCCCUCCUAUUUAUCAUAUGUUAUGCCCCUGACAGGCCACAGGGGCCACUGCCUUUGGCCGGCGCCAGCAGGUCCGGGCAGACACAGCCCUGCUAGCACAGGCAUGUGCGUCUGGCCGCGGGCUUCUCCCCGCAGGAGCAUGGGGGCCGUGGGCC